GAAGUCAAAACUUGUAAGAUUAACAAUGGCAGGAAAAUCAUCGCUUUUUAAAGUAAUUCUCCUGGGAGAUGGUGGAGUUGGGAAGAGUUCCCUUAUGAACAGAUAUGUAACUAAUAAGUUUGAUGCCCAGCUCUUCCAUACAAUAGGUGUGGAAUUUUUAAACAAAGAUUUGGAGGUGGAUGGACAUUUUGUUACCAUGCAGAUUUGGGACACAGCUGGCCAAGAGCGAUUCCGAAGCCUGAGGACACCAUUUUACAGAGGUUCUGACUGUUGCCUGCUCACUUUUAGUGUUGAUGAUUCACAGAGCUUCCAGAACUUGAGUAACUGGAAGAAAGAAUUCAUAUAUUAUGCAGAGGUAAAAGAGCCCGAAAGUUUUCCUUUUGUGAUUUUAGGCAACAAGAUCGACAUAAAUGAGCGGCAGGUGUCCACUGAAGAAGCCCAAGCCUGGUGCAGAGACAACGGCGACUAUCCUUACUUUGAAACAAGUGCAAAAGAUGCCACCAAUGUUGCAGCAGCCUUUGAGGAAGCGGUUCGAAGAGUUCUUGCUAACGAGGAUAGGUCAGAUCACUUGAUUCAGACAGACACGGUCCAUCUCCACCGAAAGCCCAAGACAAGUUCAUCUUGCUGUUGAUUGUUAGAUUAUCAGUGCGUUCUAACCAAUUCAUACAUGCACUUAAGAGUGGAUAAGAGAAUUAGUGUUUGCAGCAGUGUAUCAUCUACUAAUAAAUUUCAACUAAUGUUUUUGCUGCUUCAUUAGUUGGUGGGAGAAGGGACACAUCCACUCUGAAGGAAAUCUAUUUACUCAAUAAUGGCACCUUACAUUUAUAAAUUGUAAUGGUUGCCUAAUAAUGUUUCUUUAAUUUAAAUAUGUAAGUUAGAGCUAAUAAAUGAGAUGACCACAAUUGUAACUAAUUAAAACAAAAAACUUGACUAUUCUAGAAGUUAUACUUGGAUUGUUCUGUGCCCGUCCCCCCCCCCCCCCUCCCCAGGAAAAUGGAGAACUACUUUUUAUAUCUGUAUAUUUUUAUGUAAUUAGCAUUGUAUUCUUGGUUCAGGGAAAUGACUUCCUAAAGCAAUAAUGUUAAAUAUUAAAGAUUAAAAUCUAAUGCAUUUACAUUGCA